UAUAUAGCAGAUGCGCACGCUCAUCCAUCGUUUGUUUCUCGAGUUACGUGAGAGAUAAGUGAAUAUUGUACGAGAUGCUGCGAUUUGUGACAAUUUUAGCCGCUGCGGCGGCGCUAACAUCAGGGGCGCCGAACCCCACCAAUAUCUUCGAGAUCGACAUCACCCCGGAGGAGGCUCAGAAGUACCUCAACAGCCCUCCCUUCACAGAGCCCCAGCUGGCUGGGAGGACUGCUGUCUUGCCACUGGUGAGAUAUAACGACCCCAGAUUUCGCGCCGCCGAAGCUGGCCCCACUCUCGGACACUACUGGAAGAAUGGACGCGAAAUUGAAAACACCGACGACUACAUUGAAGAGGUGUACGACGCCUCCCAGUACCACGGGCAGGACGGGCUCGGCGCCUACACCUACGGCUACAAGACCCCCGAGUCUGCCAAGGUGGAGAACCGCGUGAGGGCUGGUGACGUCACCGGCUCCUACGUCUACAAGUCUCCCGGACACGAGGAUAUUAAGGUCCGCUACUGGGCCGACAGCCAAGGUUUCCACCAGGAAGACAACCUCCCCAAGCUGGUGCCACAGCCGGUGCAAGAGACCGCAGCCGUGAGGGCCGCUCGCAUCGCCCAUGAGAAGGCCUGGAAGGAGGCAGCUGACGCCAACCUGCACCCUAACGCUCAUCCUCAGUCAUACGGCAACAACUACGACUACCAGCCCCAAGCCUCAGAGGUCCAGCAGACGGUUUACCAGCCUGAUUCCCAGCGUGAGGGCAAGGCCUACAACCAGCAGUAUCAGGCCAGCCAGCAGUUCGGACAGCAGCAGAAUCAGCAGUACCAACAACAGAACCAACAGUACCAGCAACAGAACCAGCAGUACACCACUACCACUGAACCUGAACCUACUGGUCCCCCACGUGGUUUCUUCUACAGCUACAACUACCCAGUGUCCAUCAUCGUCCCCAAGAACGAGGCGGAGGGCGGCGCCAGCGCUGGACACCCAGUGGACCACGACACCGUCUCCCAUGGCGGAUUUUAAGAAGUAGACAGGAGUUUGGACCUAGUGUUUCUAUUCGACUUUUGUUCAAUCCAUCCAUUUUUGUUUUGGGUUAAUCCCAUAAAGCUUCAACCACACCAACGCGUGCAGAUAGCCAUCGCCAAAGGCCAAGGACAGUCGCGCGAGCCAUGACAGUUCACGCGACCUGUCUUUUCCCUAUGAUUGCGACGUGAUCGGCGAUGGCGAUCUGCACACGUUGGUGUGGUUGAAGCAUUAUGAACAAUCCAUUGUUGUUUUGGGUUAAUCCCUUAUUUGGGAUCUUAACACUCGAAAAUUAUGUUGGGAUCUGCAGGGUCUUUUCUACAUAAUUUAUUAUUGUCAUAAUUACCUUCGACUAUCUUGCUCACUCGUUUUAAGGCACUUAUUUCGGAAUGAGUAAGAGAUGAAAAAAUUCGGAAAACUUUGAGAUAAUUUAGUUCAAAAAUUCAAGUUAUUUAGAAACACUAGGUUCAAGUUUGAUUAUUAAAUUAACCAUCCGAUUGGUUUCGCGUACUAAUUCGGCACGCUAGUAGGUUGGAACCAAACAUGGUAUACAGGAUAUUAGUUGUAUGUGAUCGCCUUUAGCUACUCGAUAGUCUAAUAAGCACAUUUGUAUGUAAACUAUACUGUUUUCAUUAUGCGUAAUCGAUUUCUAAUAUUUAGACUGUCGAAGCUAGUUUCGUUGCCAUUUUAGAUUUAGUUAAAUUACUAUAGUUACUUGUGUUAAUUUCCUACGUGACUAUUGGCUUCCUUACAAUAUCAGACUCGGAUAUUAAAAUUAUUGUAAUUUUUUAUUUGAAAUUGCAGUAUUUAUGACAACAGUUUGAAAUGAUCGGCGUUUGAUAGUGUAACGACUUUGGUUUCAAAUGAUUUAUUUGGUUAAACUCUUGAACCCGGUCUUGUGAUUGUAUUUAAGUUUGUUACCAUAGUUUAGUUUAAGUUAAAAAUGCAAUGGCCUACGUCGAAAUUGUAAGAUUUGAUUUUUAAUAAAGCAUUUCACUUACA